GUAGGUGAGUCAGCUAGGCCCCUUCCUCCUCCAGUGCCUGUCUACCUAUGUUUGAUGCUUGGGGCUAGAAAGACUGACCUUGUAGCCCCUCACCUUCUCUCCCCAACGCACUGGGCUGGUUCAGCAGUUGACCAAUGAGGGUCAUGCUUGCAUACUGGCCUUGGGCGAGUGGCUCAGGAAUGGUUUGCAAGACUGUGUUGAAGCUACUUGUAACUAGACCAGUUUCCCAGCUUGACCAUGAGCUUCUUCAAAGCAUCUCUGCUCAGUCUCCACUGUAGCUCUGUGGGGAUGCUAACCCUGGCUUCCAAGGAUCUGAAGAGGAAGCUGCGGCUGUGACUGUCCCUUUUCGGUCUGUCUUCAUCCUGCCUGGCUCACGGGGCUCCUGUCCUCCUGCAUAGCUUGCGGUGGUGAGGUGAUGGCAGCCAUGGACACAGGCCAGAGAGCUGACCCAAGCAAUCCUGGUGACAAGGAAGGGGACCUUCAAGGGCUGUGGCAGGAACUCUACCAGCUCCAGGCUAAGCAGAAGAAGCUCAAGAGAGAAGUCGAGAAGCACAAGCUUUUUGAAGACUAUCUGAUUAAGGUCCUUGAGAAAAUCCCCGAGGGCUGCACGGGAUGGGAGGAGCCGGAGGAGGUGCCGGUGGAGGCCAUGGUGAAGCACUACGGGAAGCUCUUCACAGCUAGCCAGGACACGCAGAAGCGCCUCGAGGCCUUCUCCCAGAUGAGCCAGGCUGUCCACCGGAGCCUGCAGUCUCUAGAGGAGGAUCACAGGGCUCUCAUGUUGAGCCUCAAGAUCCGGCUGUGUCAGCUGCAGAAGAAGUGCUACCGCAAGCAGGAGCAGUGGUGGCAGCUGAAGCACAGCAUCACUUACCAGAAGGACAUUGACUUUGACACACACACCAGCAGCAGCUAUAAUGAUCAGCUGCUCGGCUACAUGCAAAUGACCAUCACCAACAUGGCCCGGCAGUGCUGCCCCUCUGCCCACGGCGUGCCCAAGAGCAUGGAUCUCUUCUCCAAGCUCGAUCUGAUUAAGAGACAGGGUUUCACCAAGUUGGCCAGGCUGGUCUUCAACUCCUGACCUCAAGUGAUCCACCUGCCUCGGCCUCCCAGAUUGCUAAGAUUACAGAUGUGAGCCACUGCAUCCGGCCGAGAAUCCAACAGUUUUACUUUGGGUAUGUGUAUGUAUUUGUCCUUUAGGAGUCAUAUCUAAAAAGCCAUUACCUAAUCCAGGGUCAUGAAGAUUUACACCUGUUUCUUGUGAGAAGUUUAUAGUUUUUGUUCUACUGUUUAGGUCUGUGAUUCAUUUUCAGUUGAUUUUUUAAUAUAAUGCAAGGUAGGGGUCCAAUUUCAUUAUUUCGCAUGAGGAUAUUCAGUUGUCCUGAUACCAUUUGUUUAAAAAGUUCUAUUUUUCCCCUUUGAGUUUUCUCAGGACCCUUGUCAAAAAUCAAUUGACCGUAAUAUGAAAAGUUUAUUUCUGGAUUCUUGAUUCUAUUCCAUUCAUCGCUACGCCUGUUUUUAUGCCAGUACCAUACUGUCUUGAUUACUGUGGCUUUGUAAUAAAUAUUAAAAUUGAGAA